AUGUCAGAGAUUCCUGGGCAGUUGUCGGAAAUCUUCAACUCUACCGGAAUCUCCUAUCGAAAGUCCGUUUACAAGAUGGAGAACGUUACACUUGAAGAAGAAGAGGAUUUCGGUAACUUGACUCUUAACGAAAGUAAAGCAUCAACGGAGACACGGUCUUGCAUUGGGUUGACAUGCAUUCCAUUUGUCACUGUCGAAGUCAUUCUGGCAUUGGCAACAAUUAUAGGCAACGGCCUCUUCAUUUUGGCAUUUGUACGUUUUGAGAAGCUUCGAAAACAGUCAAAUUACCUCUUGAUCAGCCUCUCAGUUGUUGACCUCCUCACGGGACUUACAGUCAUACCGAUAUUUAUCAUAAGCGGGUAUCUUAUGGACAAUGUGCCGGCUCUAAGGUACCUUUCGUCGGAAAAAUACUUUUGUAUAGGAAAGGUUAGUAUUGGGGUCGGUGUGAUGUUCGUAUCUUUCUCUCACCAGCUGCUCAUUGCAGUCGAAAGAUACGUCAAGAUCUGUCGAAGUACCCUGUACAUAACUAUGUUUUCUAAGAAGAGGCUUGUUAUCAUCAUAAUCCUGGCAUGGAUCUACGGGAUAGCCAUAAACCUCCCUCCUUUGUUUGGUUGGAAUAAUUGGUCACCUGGAAAAGAAUGCCGUGCUAUUCAUGUUCAACAACAGCAUGUGCAGUACGUCAUUAUACCGCAUGAACCAAUCUGCAUAUUGGCAGUGUUUGGACUGUAUAUGGCCAUCUUCUCCCAUGUGCUGCGUCACAGAAAACGGAUGAAGAAACACGCUGCCAAUAACAAAAAGAAGCGUGUCAAAAAUGUCCACCGACAGUCCUCAACAUCUGAAGAUAAUGAGGGGAUUUCAGAAACGCCGAUCGCUUGCACUAGUGUUACUACAUUAGAUCUGAGCGUUUCGUCUAAGGGGGAUAUAUCGUCGGUUCCAAAUACUGAUCAGACCACGUGUUUUCGAGAGGAAAGCCAUGGUGGCGGCGGUGCUUCAGACAAAGCAGAAGAGAGGAUCCACAGUUCGAAGUCACCAAUCCAAGCCUCCCGCAGUGCCAAACCUGCGGGAAGAUCCUUAAACCAAAUGGAAAUUAAGUUAGCAAAAAUGACCGCUGUAGUGCUGCAGUACACGUACUUCAUUUGA